AUGGCUCCCGUUAAGAAGUCCAAGUCCGCCAAGAACUCCGAGUCGAUCAACUCGCGUCUCCAGCUUGUUGUCAAGUCGGGCAAGUUCACCCUCGGCUACAAGCAGGCUCUUAAGCAGCUCCGCAACGGCAAGUCCAAGCUCAUCCUCAUCUCGAAGAACUGCCCCCCGCUUCGCAAGUCUGAGCUUGAGUACUACGCCAUGCUCUCGAAGACCUCGGUCCACCACUACGACGGCUCCAACGUCGACCUCGGUACCGCCGCCGGUCGCCUCUACCGCGUCGGUGUCAUGUCGAUCCAGGACGCCGGUGACUCCGACCUCCUCCAGGUCGAGACCGCCUAA